AUGGCGACGCUUACCGAUGCUGUUGCUUUACCGCCACGUCGACUUCAUGCUUACGAGGAACAUUAUCCACAGAAGUACAAACGAGUUGGCCAUGGUCGUUUUGAAGAACGUUUUAAAAUUCUAGGUGACUUGGUAGAAGAAAUUUCAGAAGUUGACGAAGAGUCUUCUGAACUGAAUAGUUGUUCGUCAUCUUCUGCUAACUUUGAAGACCGCUCACCGUAUGCAAUUCCAUUGGAAGAUCGAAUUUGGUACCGAACUCCACGUAGUCCAACAUCAUCAUUUGUCGUUCAUCACUUCGUCAACUCUAGUUUCACAAGACGUUUUGUCAAAUCUCAUGCCCGUAUCGAGCGUGGUUUCAAUGAGUCGACGAUGUUCAACCGCAAAAGAUCUUCAUUUUUACAUGGUGAAAGAAGGCUUGGCGGAAGUUUCGAUCACCUGACAAUGGAUUUCUUUCAUUUACCACCGAUACCAGAAGCUGUUCCGUUGCAGUUCUGCAAACCAAAAUCGCCAAAGUUUGAGGAAGAUGAAACUGAUUACGACGAUUCUUCAGAGUGUUCGGAUUUUAAUUCACCAUCAUAA